GGCACUAACGUUCUAUUUGUUUUACGCCUUAAAACUUCAGUUCGCAUCGUGAUUCGGUAGGAAAGUUAUACCUGGUGAAAAUGACUAGCAGAAAGGAGAAAAUUGGAAUUAUUGGCAGUGGCCUGAUUGGUAGAUCAUGGGCUAUGCUUUUUGCGAGUGUUGGCUACAAGUGCUACAUCUACGAUAUUGAACCAAAGCAAAUUGAGAACGCCCUCAAAGAUAUAGAACACCAACUCACAUCUCUUGAAAAAAAUGGACUGUUGAGAGGGACACUCAAUGCGAAAGAACAGUUGUCAUGUAUUAAAGGUACGACCCAAUUAGAGGAAGCAGUGAAGGGGGCAGUUCUGAUCCAAGAAUGUGUGCCGGAAAAUUUGGAACUGAAGAGAAAAGUGUUCAAGAAUGUAGAUGAUGUCGCGGAAGACAAAACGAUCCUUUCCAGUUCAACAUCAACGUUUCUGCCUUCACUGUUCAGUGAACAUCUCAAAAAUAAGAAAAAUAUCAUUGUUGCACAUCCAGUUAACCCGCCAUAUUAUGUGCCAUUAGUUGAAAUCGUACCAGCUCCUUGGACUGACCCAGAAGUUGCAAAGAAAACGCGAGAAAUAAUGGAAGAAAUUGGACAGAGUCCUGUUUCUCUAUCGAAGGAAGUUCCUGGCUUUGCUCUCAACCGAAUACAAUACGCCAUACUGAACGAAACCUGGAAUUUGGUUAACGAUGGUAUCCUAGACGUGCAAGAUAUCGAUAAGGUCAUGUCAGAUGGCCUUGGAAUGAGAUACGCCUUCUUGGGAACUCUGGAAACAACUCAUCUGAACGCAGAAGGUUUCAAAAACUAUUGCGAAAGAUACGCGAACACAAUGCACAGCGUGAGCAAAGAUUUCAAACCAGUACCCAAGUUCGAGGGACCACUGGUACCUAAAAUUGCGGAACAGCUGGAGGCAAGCAUCCCGCUGGACAAACUACAGAAGAGGAGGGACUGGAGAGACCUUUGCUUGACCAAACUGAGUCAACUGAAGAAAGAAAUGGCAGCGAAAAAAUAAGUGAGGGCAUUUCAAUGUAUGUGUAAACGAAAGUGAAAUAUAUAAUUCCAUUUAUUUUUUCACAA